UGCAUCCUAGGCCGAGAGCGUGCGUGAGGUGUGUGAUGUGGUGGUGAAGAUGGCCGAUUCGUUGUGCGCCCAGCCGGAUAGUGAUGGUACCGCGAGUGUAGAACUCAUCCCAGACGCCGUCGCGGUCAUGGAGGCCCCCAAGGAUAAGGAUAGUGAUAGUGUCAAGAGUGCCGCGUUGCUGUUCUUCAACGCCAACAGUGAGUUGUGCUCCAACCUGUGCCGCGAUGAUAAGAAGCCGCCCGCCGAGGGCCAGUUGUCGGAUUUGUGUAAAACUGUGUGUGAUGAAGCCGAGGAGAACGAGAACUUGCGGAAGAAGAGGUGUGCGGAUCGCUACGACAGCUCCGAAAGCUCAGACAGUGGGGUGGCCACACUGAGCUGCUCGGAUUCUUCCGGAUCCAGUAGCAGCGAACUCACGGACCCCGGCUCGCCGCUGAGCUCGUCGAGCAGCUGCGAAUGCUCCGACUCGCCGACGCCGACGCCGACGCCCACACCGACGCCCACCCCGUCCAAGAUGCCGCCCAACAGCGCCUUCCCGUGGAACAAGCGCCCCUCGACCGAGGAGGCCCUCCUCGCCUCCUUCCACCUCAAGCGCUCCAAGCUCGACCCCGAGGAGGACGCUGACUCCCUCCUCGGCGACAACAACAACACCAAGAACGGCGCCCUCGAGUGCUGCCUCGUCCGGAAGGCGCUCUUCGGCACGCCCGAAAAGGCGCCCCAGGAACCCCAGAAGCGCGACCUCCACCUCUCCACCCUCAGCGAGGCCGCCUCCAACGGGGGCGCCCACCAGGAGCUCCCCGUCUCCUGCCGGCAGAUCCCCGCCGAGCUCCUCUCCAAGACCCUCGUCGUCAAGUGCGAGAACCUCUCCAGCCUCACGCAAGCCCAGAUGCCGGUCAAGUGCCGGCUCCUGGAGGAGCCCAAAGUUACCUUCCGGGUCCCGUCGGUGCAGACCCGCCGGAAACUCCGGUCCUCUCGCCCGGCGCCCCCCGCCGCCGCCGAGCCCUCGACGAACCCCUUCGCCUUUUCGCGCAACUUCCCCGGCGCGUACCUCCUCUCGCCCACCUGCGUCAACGGCCGCGUCGUUACCCAGCUCCCGGAGAUCCCCCUCGUCCCCGGCGGCCUCAGCCGGUUCCUCUCGCCGGAGUCGAUCAAGAAACCCCCGCCAGAGGGCGACACCUACCUCACGCUCCGCGGCGUCGUGAGCGUCCCCACUGCCACGCCCACCGCGACGGACGAGACGCCCCCUCGCCCUCCCACCCCCGAGGAGGAGCAACCCCGCCUCCCGCUCUCCUGCUACGGCAACGAAGACUCGAGGCUGGAUAGUUUAAGUAGUAGUAGUUUAGACUUUAGCGACAGCUCCAAUUCCUGCCAGGACUCGCCGGCCCCGCCCGCCGGCGGGCCGCCCAAGAACAUCCGGUUCCCGAGGAAGGAGGACAAGACCGCCGACGAGCGGUACUUCCACGAGGAGGUCCCCUGCCGCUGGAAGGGCUGCAACCAGGAGUUCACCUCCAACGCCGCCCUCGUCGAACACUUGCAGACCAAACAUGUGAAAGAACAAACGAGUGGAGAUGUAUCGUCUUGUUUGUGGGAAGGUUGUAAAUGUUACGGGAAAGCAGCGACGAAUAAAGGUUAUCUCGAAAAUCAUGUUAUUACUCAUGCAGGGAAGAAACCAUUUUCCUGUAUCUUUCAGCGGUGCGGAUUAUCAUUUAGUUCUCAGGGAGCUUUAGCGAGGCAUGUCACUCAACAUUUUGCAGACAAUGAUGGGAACAAUGCUGCCAAAAGGACUCCAGACUCACCACAGUGCAAACCAAAUAAACGGAAAGUUAGGAAACUUAGAUGUCGCAAAAGGCCGCAGUCUCGUGUAACGGACUUCUUUGACUCUACUGCCCUGGAGCGUUUGAACGAGAAGUUUGCGACCGAUACCCUGCGACGCACACAAGGGAUUUUCAAUGAAAAUGAUAAUGGAUUCUCAAUUACUUUAUUAAGUCAGGUCUGUGCGAAACGGACGGAACCAAACGGGACAGUGCGAUAUUUGCUUCGAUGGUUCCCUCGUGGCAUUGUGGAGGAGGAGUGGCAAACGGUAGAUAAAGUCCGUGGGCAUAGGUUUGUAGACAUGAGGACACUUGCAGAAGAAGAAAGGCAGACUUGCCUGAGAUAUAUUUUCCAGGGCAGUUCAACCCCUUCAAAAUCCUCACGAAAAUUAUACCGAAGUCACCAAAAUUGUAGCUAAAAUUUUUUUAUUUAUUUCUCUUAACUGAUUUAUUUUAUGUGUACAUAAAUUUGUUAUCAAUAUUUAUAAGUACAUAUUUAAAGUAUGUAUAAAUAGACCUACUUUCAAAGUGUAAAAUUGAGUCUGUCUUGUAAGUGGUGCAUUUAACGAAUGAAAUUUCUCUCGCCUGAUUAAAAUCAUCUUUUGUAAAUUUAUGGAACCUGUGAGAAUUCUAAAUCUUGCUUGUGUCUACUUGUUUAUGUGCGUGUGAAUGUAUAUAAAAAUGUAUCUACUUAUGAAUGUAAGUAUGUAAAAUGGAUUUUAAGCUGCGCAAAGAUUGAGGUUAACUUUGAAUAUUCCUGUCGUCUUCAUUCUGAACGAACGAAGGACAUGUUACACUCACUUUUCCUUUGUACCAUACAGUUUAUCUGUUUCUAUAGUUUAUCCCCACUGACAUAGUAAUUAUGAUUUUCUCAAUUUUUAUUGAUGUUCCUUCAUUUUAAGUGAAUCUUAUUUUAAUUAUAUUAAUUUCAUUUAAUGAUCCUCAAAAUCAGUUGAGCUUCCAUCUUUGAAAAAGCUCAUUUUUUAUAACAGACAUAAAAACUAACAAGAUAAAGAAUAACAAAAAGAAUAAGCAAAAUUGACUGAAAAUUCGAAGAGCUGUGUUUUUAAGCAUAUGACUGCGUUUUAAGGUAUAUUACACUUGAGUAUUGAAUGAUCUGCUCCGAUUGGCUCAUUUGAUUAUAUCAGCUGCAAAGAAAUCUUCAUAAAAUUGUUCUUAUUACUUUUUUAAUUAUUUUCACUUAUAUUCUUGUAGCAUGGGAGCAAGCAGCAAGCCAUUUUGGCAUUAUUUUGUCCUGGUUUUACUAGAUACAAUUCAUUCAAGAAGAGUUACGCAUUGUUUGUUUUUAUUCAAAGCAGGCUGAAUUUUGAUGCCUUUUAAUGUUUCCUCAGAAGUUUUUAACCAUGUGUAAACUUGCGCCUGACUGACAAAGAAUGUUUUGAUUCACUUUUAUUAAAUCAAUUUUUCAUAGUCCUUUACUAAUGCUCAAUUAAGAAGAAAAGAUUAAAAGAUUACAGACUCGCUCAUGAACCCAGCCACAAGUGUCUACUUUCUAAAUAGAGUGGCACUAUACAUCAGAGCGAAUUUUCUUCCCUGCAGAGUUUAUCUUCAUUGCACGUUCCAAAGUGGAGCUGUGUUUCAAAAAUUAAUAACUCACUAUUUAAGAAUUUUAAUUGUAUAAAGCAUAGCGUAAACAGACUGAAAUUCAAAGAGUUACCAUAGAGACACUCAUUUCUCGAUUAAUUGAGUUUUUAUAAAAUGAAAUUUCAUUUUGCUGGUGAAAAAAUUGAUUAUCUUGUUUUAAUCUUUGCUCUGAUUAAAUUAUACCUCUUUUAAAUGGCUGUAAAUUCAGACUGAGCCCCUGCUAUUGAACUUUUCACCAGACGCUGCACCAGCAUCUGAAAAUAGGACCUACUAACAAGUUUAAGCUGAGAAUUGUUCUCAUUUGUGAGCUUAUAAGAUAUGAGCCUCUCAUCGGAAGUAAAUCAAUUUUUGAAGAUGAUAAUGCGUUUCAACAAAUGCGCUGUGAUAUUUGUUUUAAUUUUACGCAAUUUAGCAGCAGCUUGUAUUUUUGGCGUUUGUCUUUUUUUCCUGUGAUUUGUAACCCUCUUUGAAUUCGAUUGCAUUCACCUCUGUCGCUGCAUCUUUUUGACAAAAUCCGUCACCGGUUGUUCAUUCAAAUUUUCUAAUUCAUUAAGCUAUAUUUUCAGUUAUUUUAAAUUUAGAAGCAGAAAUCUGUGAACAAGUUUUUUUUAAGGCUCUGAAUCUUUUGGCCUACCUGAAAACAUAUUCCCUCAAUCACAUCUUGAGACUGUGCCAAUUAUAACCAAAAACCAUCAAUUGUCGUUUUUGCACCAAAUAUUGUGUGAACAUUUUAUUUCCUCUCAAAACUCUUUUUGAAAAGUUAAUGCAACAUUAUUUGUUUUCAAAGAAAUUAAGUUUUCCUAGAAAUUUAAAAAUACCGAAAGCUGUACACAAGUUACUGUAUUUUCACAAUCAAAAUAGUUCCCUAGACGUACUGCCCAUCUAAAAUAAUUCCAAAAAUCCCUUCUUCACUAUUUUGCAACAAAAUAUCAAUGGCUAAAGAAGAAAAAUACGUAUCUCAGAUUGCGACAUCAUAAGUCUUUGCUCAUGUUUUAUUCUUUCAAAGAAAAACGAAAAGAAAUUUUCCAUUUAAAUUUUGUGAGAAUUUUCUCAUUCCAUGUAACCAUCCAAAAUUGAAAUGAUAAAUUUUGGUUAGUUUUCCUUGAAGAAAAUUACACAUGAUUGGAGACUUUUAAACAUUGCAAUCAAGAUACGUGUUAUUUGCAUCAUACAAUGUCAAGGUGCAAAAAAAUGUUACAUCCGGUUGUACUCAAAAUUGAUUCAAUACUUUAUUAUUUCUCAAUUUUAAAGUAUUUUUAAAGUAUUGUCCCCCAUUUCCAAAUGGCUUCAGUUGCCUGAAUGCAGUCGUAUUUCAUUGCUAGGGAGACAGGACUCAAUAUUUUGUAUUGAAUUAUAUUUGGACUACAUUUUGCCGUAAGAAAAUACUAUUUCUGGCUCACCCGCAAAAAGCACCUGUGUUCGGGGAAAUCAAUGAUUCAUAAGUUGUUUCUAAAAUGUGCCAGAAAUAGUAGAUCAGUAAUGCGAAAUGUGAUCCAAUUUUUGUGGGAAGUACCCAAAAUCAACUGAAUCAAUAGUUCAAAACGAGGGUAAACCUCAUGAUAUCUUGUGUUUUACUUAAUUGUAUUUGUCGUAGUAUUUGUACAAAUGAAGAGGAAACGAGGUGUUAGGAUGAGCAUGGAAUUUAAGAGCUAUAAUGAAAAAAUGCAAGUUCAUCAAUCCCAGCCCGUUAGUUUGAAAAGCCUGGCAUUUUUUUCAAUAAAUGUGAUUUUUCCUGUAGCUGUAGCAGAGCUCUCGUUGUGUAUCAAUAGCCAAUGUGCGAAAUCGUGUAUCUCUGUUUGCGAUGAUGUAGACUUCCUGUGAUACUUUAAUUUUUUUUUGGAAAACUAGUCAACGUAAUUUCUUGAAAACUCCCUUGAUUUCUUCUCUCUGUUCGAAGAAUAUUGUAUAGAAAUUUCAAGGUAUAAAGUUGGCUCGGUCCUCCUCGGAAAAAGAAAAUAGGACGGGAAAUUUUGAAACAGCACAAUGGAGGUACGUGGUUUUGCACCUUAGCCUACGAUAAUCCAAUCAAAAAGUUCUAUGGGGUGAUCCAAAAGUCCUGCACGGUUAGCACUAGGCAUCAUCUCUGCAACUUCCGAAAAAAUUUAGAUUGAGUCUCGAAAAUUUAUGAGUGCUCUUGAGUCAAUGGAAACAACGUUUGGGACCCUUCACAAAUUCAGUAAGAUCUCCGUGAAAAUGGGCAAGAACCCUAAGUUUUAUAGGGGUGGAGCUGGACUUUUGAAUCACCCUCUUUAUGGCCUUUGGUGAGGUGCAGGUUGACAUCGUGAAUUAUUCCUCAAUCUGAGGAAAUUUCUCCAUAUUUAAUGAUAGUAAAACGUAAAUGUAACUGGACUGCAUUUUGUAAUUUGGAACUACAAUAUUUGGCUCAGUUUAGAGACAACGCAUGUACCAUUAGUUUCUUUAUGCUCAUGAGUGUUUUCAGAGCUAGAAAUUGUAGUUCCUAAUUGAAAAAUGUAGUCCAACUGUUCCUGGGAAAGAGACCUAGUGCCAAAAAACUUUUAGUCGGAGGAGUAUUUUAUGAGAAUUUUAGAAACUCUCAAAAAAGUCGAACCAAACCACAAGUAUGAUGCUUUGAAGUUCGCAAUUUGAAAUGUGUCAUUUUCAGCAAUCAAAGUUUUAAUCCGUGAAUUUCAGUGCAAAUUCCUGCCCUCUGGUGACACUAUAAUUAUAUUGCCAAAGUGCAAAAACGCAUAUCUCCACAGCAUUGCGAAAUUCCUGCUCCUAUUUUAUAUUUUUGAGAAGAAACAACCGAAACUUUGCGCUUGAAAUUUGUACAGAAUAAUCUGCCGACAGGGAAGAAAUAUCAAGUAAUUAAGUCGACUAGUUCUCUGAGGGUAAAAGAAAGUGUGACUGGAAGUUUGCAAUGUAGCGAGUGGAGAUGCGGCGUUUCGCUCUCUUGUCAUCGAUAAAGUGUUGUUAUUCGAAUUUUUAAUCCAACUGGACCUGAAACGCCCUGUGAAAAAGUUGCCUUUGAGCAGUCAAGUUCCUUUUCCUUUGAAUGAACUAAAAUGACUGUUUCUAGAAUAGUGAUCAUCCACUGCCAUUUUUCCAGUUAGCGUAAUCAUAUUUUUCAACCGACCUGUACCUGAAAAAAGUGCGAAUUCUUCAUGAGAGCUUACCAUGUCAACUAGUUGCGAGAGAAUAGUAUCGAUAACUUUGAUGCAGUUAGGAAUCACCCCUUUGACCUUUUCAGCGCUUGAUUUUGAAAGCAUUAGCGUAAGCUUUUAAUAGCAGCUUGCGAAGCUGUAGAGGGUAAUGAUCCUCCAUAGCGUUGAAAGAGUCGAAGCAAGCUCCACUCCAAGGUCCUUCUAACUCCUCGUCCCAGCAUCUUUGAUCUGUGCUGUCAAUCUUAUUUGUGAAUUGCAAUACCUAGUUUAACUUUAUCAAUGACUUUGUCAAUUUUGGCGCUUUAAGAGCUGAAAUAUUGUAAUUGAAACAAGAACUGCCAACGUUUUUAAUUGUAUUAUUUCAUAGGAAUUAUAUGUAUAAAUAGUUUUUUUCUUUUAAUAUUUUGAUCAGUUGCUUAAUUUUUAUCUUUAAUCGUCUGUAACAUUUAUUUUCCCCUUUUAUUUUCGACAAGUACCGGAAUCAUUUUGUCAAGUGUUUCAUUUUUUUAUCUUCUUUUUCGACCAUGUAGCACAAUUUUUUAAUUAUUAUUAAGUAUUUUUUAAUUUUGAUUUUGAUCUCAGUGGUGUAGUCGAUUUAAUUUUAUUUCGCAAGCAAUAUGUUCGGUCCAUUGUCUUUUCAUCGCUCAAUGAGGACCAUGAGCUUGUCGAUUUCUUCAAUGAAGAACGAAUAGCAACACCAUUCCCCUGUCCCCUAAAAUUUACCUAUCAAUUAUUUGACUUUUUUUGAUCAUGAAGGUUUUUAUUUUAUUUUGAUGCUCAUUAACUUUCUUGGAUCGUGAAAAGAUACCCAAUGUGUAACCAAAUGUUUUAGCCUAGAUAAGAUAAUCGAACUGAAUUUACCCCAAUCAUAAUCCAAAUGUGCAAGAACAAGACUUGUGCUUUCUUAAAAAAUUUGGGUAACUCCUUGAAGAUCUUCAAAUCAUAAACAUGUUUAGUUGUGGUCAAUAUAUUUAUAUGAUUCUCAAUGUUUUUUUACUUCUCCCUCGAUGAAAAAAUAAGUCAGUAGUUCAUAUCGAAUGUCGUAAUUAUGUCAUAAGGUUAAGUUCUAAUCAGUUUUUAAACUUUUCAUUUUGCUAAUUAUUUGUAUGUGUUUUAUAAAGAGAGCAAACCCCAAUUCGAUCCAGAGCAGCGUGUGGGAGACCAAUAAUUAUUUAAGUCUUUUGUGUCCGAAUGUAUUUUAAAUUUAGUAAGAAUUUUUGAAGGUUCUGAAUCAUUGUUUCUAUUCUGUACCUUCCUCUGAAGCCUUGGCAAGUGAAGGAGAUGUAUAACAUAUUGGUUAUUUUGAGCAAAAUGAGUUUAAAGUUUAAAAAUUUCAAUAAGUUAUGAGGCUCACAAAAAUCUGAACCGACGUUGCAGAGCUGAAAAUUAUGUUUCGAGGUUAAGUUUUUGCAAAGACUACUCUGAGACAAGUUUUGGUCAGAUUAAACAAUAUCUCAGUUCUUGUAAAAAAUAUCUCUUUCACCUCUAGGAAGUUUUAAUAAAGCUGUGCAUUGGUCUUUAUGAACUUUAAACUUUGAAGCAUCGUGUCAGAAUCGUUCAAAUAAGAUUUUAGGUAUACUUUAGCCGUAUAACAAGAGAUGGUAAAACUUACUAAAUGCUGUAGGAAUUCUAUUUCUGCCUCUUAUGAUUUUAGAAGUUUUGACUCUCAAGUUGGUAAUUUCUUUAUUUUUUGUGUAUGUUGGUAGGUAUCAUGAACUUUUAGUCUUGCAUAGAUCCCAGCUGGCAUGGGGUGCAGGAUUUUUAAAAUUACAUUAUUUUUGAAUGAGAACUAUCCCGACAAAGAUAUCAUCUCAAUAUAUUUUUCUCUGUGAGAAUUGUACAUAAGUAGAAGGAACUCAUUCCAUAAGCUCUGAGACUAUUCUCGUAUUUUGUCGUUUGGAAUUUUUAUCAACUCUUGUGAUUUAUUCAAUUAGAAGGAACUUGUAUUUUUCUCUAUGUCUCUCGGAAUAAGUGCUUAUAUUGUACAAUGUGUUCACUAUUCGUUCUGGGAAUACUUACAACUUUUCCAGGAACCACAAAUUGCUUCUAGGAUAAAAUUAAUUUUACUACAUCGUUGUAAUGUUUGGUCAAUGUAUAUUAACACUGCCAAAUAAUGUGAUACAACCUUUAGACGCCGUAAGGGUUCGAUAUUUGUACAUGAUGCGAUGAAAAUCAACCAAAGCGCAGUUGAAAGCACCUCAGUUGCCUCUCUAUCAGGCUUUCAAUCGAUGAAUUGGAAAGUCUCAAAAAUCCUGCCUUUUUCAAUACUUCUCAUAACUCUCAAACUUCUCAUAGCGGACUUUACAUUAUCCAGAUUUAAUAUUAUCCAAACGAAUUUCUCAAUCGCAUAUAGUCAAAGUGACAGUUUCAUUAAUGUUUCUUGUCAUUGUUUUGGUGUGACCUAAUUUAAAUUUCCUUGGGAAAUUUGAAAAAUUUAUGUUCAUGCCGCAAUAUUUUUAAUACCUCAUCAAAAUUUAUUCUGGAAAGUUAAAUAAAUAUAUUUACUUCCUAAAAUCUCGAAUGAUCCUAAUUUUACCCUUUUUUUCUUAGUAUUAAAAAUAUAGGUGAGGUAAAUGCUCUGAUUAAAUAACAGAACAUCCUGUUUUGCACAAAUAGAAAUUGGCAUUGUAGUAAUCAGUCAUCUAGUUUUCUAAUGGUUACAGUCCAAGUAAAUUUAUUUGCAUUUUUUUAACUCUUGUAACCCUGCCUUUCUAUGGUAGGCAUUAUUGUAAACUUUUUAAGUAAAAUCCGUCCUGCCAAAUUAUUGGAUGAGAACGGAAAGAGAAGUGAGAAAAAUUUUCAAUCUAAAAAAUGCUUAUGAAACCCUAAGCUCUUAGUCAACUGCGGUUUGGUUAUCCAACAGUUAUAAAAAUUCUUCAACUGUCUUCUUUCUGUAAUGGAUAGACAAUCUGGACCACUGUUUGUAAAGCCAAGUAUUCACCAUUUUCCUGGAAGAAAAGGAAAGAAUAGAAAACAGAACCAACUUCAAUUAGUAUUAAAAAAAGUUGUCUGUAUAUUUUGUAGUGUGAAAUUUUAAUGCAGGGUGACAGUUCAAAAUAAUUUUUAUAGUGUCAUGAAAUGUGAAGUUGUGUCCUAUGAUCUUUCCUGUAUUCUAUUACCUUGCUAAAAUUGCCAUUUUUCUCACGCUAGUUUUCAGUUCGUCGAUCCCCAAGUUUUAAAAGUGUUCUCCCCUUUUAUUGCAUAAAUAUGUGAAAUUGCGGUUAUAUUUAGGAUUUUUCUAAAAUUUUUUACCCGCUGAAAGAGCCUUUAUGAUUAGUUCUCUCAUAGCUACGAACAGUGUUUAUCGACGAAGGAUAGAAAAGAACUUAGACGAAUCAAAACUUCUUUUUUUUAGUUUAAUUAUUAUUUUAAUAGGUAAAAGAUAAAAAUUUUCAACUUGUUCAAUGUUAUGUUUUGUUAUAGUAGCAAUUUGACUGAUAAUAAAUUAAUAAAAUUUAAAUGAAAUCAAA